AUGUACAGGCUUGCCGCGGAUGUCUUCAAUGACACGGCUAUGAUUUUUGACUGCCUCUCCCCUGCACUGCCUAAAGCGCUAAGGGUAACUUUACUCAGCUUCUCAAGCGUCUUGAGGGCGUUGUGUGGGGUUGCUGCCGGCAGUUCCAAGGCUAGUUUGAGUGCUCAUUUCGCAAAAUGGGGCAAUCUAGGAGAAUUGAACGCACAGCCAGAACCAUCACUAACGGUCAAGCAGAAGGACUCGAGCCAAGAAACCAUAAUCUCGCUCAUGGGGAUGCUGGCUGGCAGUAUCGUAGUCUCAUACGUAUCAUCUCCAAUAGCCACCUGGUCAUGUCUCAUUGUGCUCCUCUCGAUACACUUGGCUAUGAAUCACGCUGCAGUCAGAGCAGUCAGCUUGCAUAGCCUCAACCGCCAGAGAGCCAAUAUAGUUCUGUCCAACCUGCUGGUGGAUAACAAGGUGAUGACACCCGAGGAGGUAUCGUCUCAAGAACGCAUUUUCGAAUGGGAUGGCGCCCUGCGAUGGCGAGGCUCAUCACCCUUCGCCAAAGCUACCAUAGGUGUCAAUUUGCUCAGCCUGCUGAAGACUUUGGCGCCUGCGCACACUGUGACGGGCGCUAUACGCGACGGCGAUCUUAUCUUAGAGAGAUUGGUCAGAAUCUACAGCCAUGAGGAUUUUCUAGUAUGGUAUGAUUCGCCCAAGAGGUCAGUAUAUAUUGUUCUCAAAGGUCAAGCUUCGGCCAAAGCACAACUGAAAGCUUGGGCACUAGCACUUUGGGGUGCUCACCGCUUUGGAAAGCAAUAUGCGACAGGCGCAAAUACAGAAAAUUUACUUCAGCUGCUCGAAAUGACAUUGAGGGACAUUUCUAACCGAUGGGAUGAUUCCAUCGAGCGAAUUAGAGCCGCUGGAUGGGAUAUUGACAUUGCAAAUUUGGAGACUUCAUCCGGGUCGCGCAUACGUGUCACCACAGAAAGCCUGCAAACAAUGUCAAAAAAGAAAGAUUGA